AUGUCAUCUGCAUUUCACAUUCAUAUUGGAGGGGCUGGUGUAAUGAUAGGUGAUAUGCUAUGGAAAUUGUAUGAGAAGGAGCACAAUGAGACAACAUAGAAGAAUUAUAUUUAUGAAUAAGUUGAUGGGCAUUAUCAUCCAUUAGUAUUAUUUAUUGAUUUAGAUGACAGAAUGAUAUUUGAAGUUUAAAGAAAUAAAUAAAUUUAAUUUAAGAAGAAUUCAUUUCUUAAUGGAACAGAAGACGCAUCAAACAUUUAUUCUAAAGGAAAUUAUACUUACGGGAAAGAGAUUCUUGAUUAGGGAUUAGAGUAUAUUAGAAAAUAAGUAGAAACUAUGGAUCGAUUAGAUUAAUUUCUAAUAACAACAUCAAUAAGUGGAGGGACUGGGUCUGGAUUUGCUAAUUUAUUAAUGAGUAGAUUAAUUUUGGAUUAUGGAAAUAAAGUAAAAAAAAAUGCAUUUAUACUAUUCCCUUCUUCAGAGAUGUCUAAUAAUAUUCUUGAAACUUAUAAUGCUACUUUUUCAAUUAAUAUGACAAAAGAGUAUUUUGACAGUGUCAUUAUGUUUGAUAAUUAGUCCAUGUACAGUGUAAUUGAUCAACAAUUAGAUUUAGAUUAUUUAGAUUAUUCCCAUUUAAAUAAUCUGAUUGCAUAAAUAAUUAGUUCAUAUACUGGAUUAAGAAGAUUUAAUCACAUUGACAAUUCCAAAUUUUUUUAAAAUAUGUGUCCUUAUCCUAAUUUGCAUUAUUUCAUACCAUCCUAUGGUAAAAUGAGUUUAAUAAAUGAUUACACUAGAAAAUAAUCUAAUCAAACUGAAUUCAUAAAAUAUCUAACUCAAAAAUAGAUUAAACUUUAUUAAUGUCCUAAAAAUCCUAAACAUCUCUCAACAACCUUAUUAUUUAGAUAAAAGGAAGAGAACCAUUUUUAUGGCAAAUUUGAUUCGACACUUUAAAAUUUAGAACAUUUCUAUAACUAAACACCUCGAGUUUUUCAAUGCACUUCAUCUAAUUAUUAAGUAUUAUCUGAAUUAGCUUAAAUGAAAUAAACUGGAACAUUCUUCUCUAAUGAUGCUUCAAUUGUUAGUAGAUUUAGGUUGUUAGGAAAAAAAUUCGAUUUAAUUUAUGAAAAAGGAGCUUAUCUCUGGGCUUAUGUCUCUGAAGGUCUUGAAGAAUUUGAAUUUAGUGAAGCAAGAGAAGCUUUGGCUUCUAUUGAAUCUGAUUAUAGUCAAAUUGAUGUAGCACCGGUUUCUACAAAUCAUAAUAACUGA